AUGCUCGCCAGUCGUAACGUAAUGGACCGUGGUCCCCCGGCGGGCGCAAUAAUUCUUAAACUGUUGUCUCAAUAUAGGACUGCCUUUAUCGACAACGAAAGUAUUGACAUGGCCACGGGGGUAAAUUUGUUCCUUACAAAAUUGUAUUGUAACCGCCGCUGUCUGAUCCUCGUGCUCAAGCGGCCUUCCAGACGCAAAAAGGCUAACCCCAGCCUGGGCAGCAAUAACAAACUUAUGGAGUCCUCGCUGAUGGUCAGAAAAGCCAAGUUGACCUCCUCGGCAAUGGUUUGGGGACGCUACGGUUACCGCAGCAAACCUCUCGACGGACCGGUAGGCUUGCCUGUACGGAUACAUUCCGAGCAGGAUGAUCCGACACCGUGUACGAUACCUCCUCCGGUGGUGGACGAGGAAGAUUCCAGGGACGAGGACCCAUAUCCUCUGUAUCCGUGGUAG